AUGACGCAUGCUGGCGCGCGGCCGAUGCAGAUCCUAGCUGCAAUCCAAAAGGAGGACCAUGACACGCUAGUCUCUGCUACCGACAUCCGGAGCGAGAGAAAAGCAGUUCGAGAGAAACAAUUAAGUGGAAGGAGUCCAAUCGAGGCGUUGCUGGACAACCUAUCUACGUCAGACUGGGUCUUCGCGGUCAAGAAGGAUGACAACAACCACGUCCAAAACCUCUUCUUCGCCCAUCAGAAGCAGAUUGAGAUGCUGCGGGCCAAUCCCGAUGUGCUGCUGAUGGAUUGUACAUACCGGACCAACAAGUACAAACUUCCACUACUACACAUACUCGGCUGCACCAACUUGCAGACUUUCUAUUCUGCAGGCUUCUGCUUCCUUACCAAUGAGACCCAAGCUGAUUACCAUUGGGCGAUCGCGAACUUUCUCCUCAAAACAGGUGUACAAAAGCCCCGUGUGUUUAUUAGUGAUCAAGAGGAAGCAUUAAAGAUGACAGCUCGAUCGUUGCUCCCAGAAGUUCCUCAACUCUUGUGCGUGUGGCAUAUCAACAAGAAUAUUCAGACGAAGGCGCAACAGACUUGGCGAGAUGCCGAUGGCGUGACGAGAGAGGAGAAGAAGAGGAUCGCAGAAUACAGGGCUGGGUUCAUGAAGCGCUGGACGCAGGUAUGCCCACCCUAA